AUGACAUCCACAUCUUAUUAUCCUAAAGGAAAUGGCCAAGUUGAGGCCUUCAACAAAAGAUUGCUGAAGAUAUUGGGAAAAAUGACUAUGGAGAAUGGAAAGGGGUGGAAGGAGGAGCUUCCUACAGCUCAGCGGGCUCAUAGAAUAGCCAAAUCACAAGCUAUAGUAGCUUCACCCUUUUCAUUAGUCUAUGGCAUAGAUGCUAUUAUCCCAAUAGAUUUAGUAAGGCCAAUGAUGAAACUAGCAGAGAUUGCAGGUAUACCCAGAGAAGACACUUUGGAAAUUAUAGAGGAAAUGUGCGACAACAUUGCCUCUCAUAACCACAUUUAUCAGGCUAACAUGAAGGCUAGGCACAAGGCCAAGUCAAAGAAAGGAAGUUUCAAGUGGGAGAACUUGUUUGGAAAACUGCCCCACAAGUACGAGGGGUUUCUGGAGCAAUUAAACAUAAGUUUUCUCCAAAAUGGGAAGGACCAUACAUUGUAG